UAUUAUGAUAGAUUAGAAAUACGCUUAGAAAUAUCAGAAGUCAGUUUGACGAGCAACUGACUGGAACUUUCUCUCUAUUUCGUGAGCUGCCCAAGACGAGGGCAAAGGGACAAACUGAGACAGUGAAAGACUAAACCCCCAGCCAUGGGGAGGAUGGGCAUCACCCUACUUGCCCUCCUCAGCCUGGUUGCGGUGGUAGUGGGGCAGACGACAGAGGCACCGAUGAGGUGCCAGUUCCCGCCGGAGUGGAGCGUUCAGCAGGAGUCUCCCAUGGAGAUGAACCGCGGCAAUGUCACAGUGGUGGCAUUGCUGCAGGCCAGUUGAUCAUUCUGUCUCCGGCAGGCAGAGGGGCUGGAAACCCUACGUCAGCACUAUGUCAGGCACGGCUUGGACGACAUUUUGUUCAUGACGGUCAAUUCCAAACCUUGGCAUGCGCGGGCAUCGGUUAACCAACUCCGGCAGAGGAUCAACUUCCCUCUGUACCAGGCCACCAGCAGUAACGACAUUUGGAGCAUCCUCGGAGGGGGGAAAGACGACUUCUUCGUCUAUGACAGGUGUGGUCGCCUAACAUACCACAUCCCCUUCCCGCAGAGCUCUCUCCAUUACCCCAUCAUACAGCAGGCCAUCAUCUCAACCUAUUACGACAACCCAUGUGGUGACUGUCCUAACGACGACACCGCAGACGAUGUGAUUCGUCAUCACAGUCGUGGCCGAGAGAGAAAUCGCACCCCUGGAGGACACAGAUUGCGUCAUCGCCAUCCCAUUGACAUUGGGGUGAAGGUCGAAGAAGGUCACCAAGUAAUCACCAAAGACAAUCAAGGAAACCAGCGCCGGUGACAGUGACGUCACAACUGUACCCAAGUGUCAUCUGCUCAAAAUCAAACUGAUUUGGCAGCAGGCGACACAAGGUUUAGGUGAUUGUGUCGGGCUGCAUCUUCUCAGGAAGAUGUGGACCAACCCAGGCGAUGUUCCUGAAAUCAGAGGGGCACCAAUGUCCAUCAGAGGUGCACCUGACAGAACAGUAACGAGGCUAUCAGGCGACAGUGUCGGUGACAUGGGAGAUCACGCAGAAGGUGCAUGUGCGAUUUGUCAGGUUCAGAGGUCAAGAACAAGUGAUCUUGAUUGACAUCUGACCUGGCUGUAUCGCCGGUGAUCUCUUGACCCUGUGAGGACAGAGCUGCCGCGACCUCUCAAUGAUCUUGCCAGACAGGUGGGGUCAACGUCGAGUCCUGCCAAUGACAAAUAGGAGGAAAUUCUCUAGACUCCUGACAGUGACAAGACCAGGCUGGGCAAACCCAGUGACAGUGACGAUCAGGUCACAGCGCUGUCCAACAGAGCUGACAGUGUCGAUCAAAGAAUGACCUGGGACAAUCUGCUUGCCAAUGACAACCAUCUACUCAGUGACAGUGACAACAAAGCACUGGGGGAGACGGAAGUAGCUGCCAGUGACCAAGCGCCAAUGGUUUGAGUAACUGACAGUGACAGCAGGGACAUGGUCAGGGGAAAGUCUGCCAGUGACCAAACAAGUCGUUCCAGAACUGCCGAUGACGUCAGGGUGAUGAAGUUGGACGGAGAACCUGAGAAUGACGGUCCUUAGGAAGCACUUGACAGUGACAGCCCGGAGGCCGUAGUGACUCCGAGUCCUGCCAAUGACAGCAGGGGCCGACAACCACGUCUAACUGACAGUGACAGUCUGGACAUGGGUCUGGGAAGACCUGACAGUGUCAGAAUACAUCAAUUGGUCAGUGCCAGUGACGAGCAACUGGUCGGUUCUCUGAGAGGUCCUGAUUGUGCCAGCCUGAGGUCAGAAGCAGAUGAGAAUGUCAACCAGGUCGACGGAGUGAUACCGAGUCAUGUCAAUGACAGGAACAGGCCGUUCAGAAAUCAUCUGAAUGACAGUGACAUACUCAGUCAGGUCGAUGACAGUGACGAACGUCCUCACUGAGCAACUGCCAGUGACAGGGUCAGGGAGGUAACCAGCUGUGACAGUGACAGUCUGAAGUACGCAGUCCUUCUCUCAAGAGCUGACAGUGACAAGGUGCAGGUCAGGGGCAACGGUCUUGACAGUGACAACACCAGGCGUCCCAGGGUUGCUCAUGAGGUACAUCAGCCUCUUGACAGUGAGGAUGACAAGGACAGUCACAGCCCUCAACUUCGAACACUGGUCUGAGACAAGACUGAUCUUGACAAGGACAUAAUAGUCAGCAGACUCUCCAGCAAAACUGCCGGUGACAGGCAAACAGAGAGAUGCAUUCCUGACAGUGUGGGGAUGCCCUUUCACUACAUGUAGCUAGGUGACAAUGACGUGACGUCCAAGAUGUGACUGGUAGGUCUACUACUCGACCCCGGAAUCAGAACUGACAGUGACAGUGACAGCAGGGACAGAGGUGACAGUGACAAUGAGGACAGUCUAAUUCUAACUAGACAGCUUCUCGGGUGUUUUUGUAGAAGAAAGGUCUUCAAAACUUUUGAUUUUAAUUGAUUGUUACACUAGCUUUGUAAGUGAACAAAACCAUUUGGAAAUCAGAGCAAUGCGACCCAAGACCAUCACCGUGGAUGAAGUACACAUUGUUGUAUAUCUAUUCUGUUGCAAAACGUUUCGCACUAAUUUGAAAGAGGGUCAAUUGUCAAAUUAUUCCACAUAAUCCUUUCACAAAGAACAAAGGCACAAGACCAACAAAAGCCUCAUAACAAAGUCCAUUCCUUCUGGUUUCAUUCACUUUCAAAAGCUCGUGAUUGAAGCACCUGUGAGGAUUCGUCACAACCACUAAGGUCAUGACGGCUCCUGACAGGUAUUACAGUAAACAAAUCAUAAAUCAAUCAGAGAACCUCGGAAAGACGCUCUAUCCUUGUGUCUCCUCCUGCAGCUAAUGAAGGUAACUGGACAAAACCACUGGUCUCCGGUUACUGGAACAACGUGCACGAUCUCGACACUGGGACAGGAAUCUUUCCGUGGUUUGAACACUGUUUGUACAUAGUAGCUAGUUUGAACUUAGUUGCAGAUAUGCUUCUUUAAUAGUGCUCAAGAGAUACUCUCUCCACACCAUGUUCUUCUGGAACGACCAUGCCUUUGGUGAACUUUGUGCCAAAUUUUGGACUAAUUGCUCCAAUUAGUUUUUCCAGCCAUUUCAUUUGUGUCAUAUUAUGAAAAUUCAUAUCCCAAGACAAUUUUUGUCAACCUAGGACAACCACCGUGGCAGGAGCUGCUCUGCGCGUCUGCUUCCAUCGGUUUUAUACCUAGAUCUGACAAGCUGCCAAAGCUGCUGUGAUAUUGUUUAAAGUACUGUUACCAAGGUAACAAACUUCAUUAACUGUAGAUAUGCAACAGGAAAAAGGGAACAUUUAUAUUGCAAAUUUUCGUCCAAAAACAGCAGUUAUAUUCCUCACUUCUGCGGGUGGGGGACAAAUAUUGAUGUAAAAAACCCAGAUAUCUUUAUCAACGACAUUUAAUUUUUUUAGUUUGGAUUCCAGAAUUUGAUUUUUCAUCUAAAUAAUUUGAAGCAAUAGCAUUCCUUCAGCUUUCAAUUAGCUUGUAGUAGCAUUGCUUUUAGAUGCGUAGGAUAGUCUCCAAGGACAAGACGCACUCUCCAAACUCAGAGUAUUGAUAGCAUGUCCAUUGGAUUAUUCAUUGGUCAAACAUGCUUUUAUUUUGAAGAGCUUCGUAUCAAUCCUUGCUUUGUUGAUUAAGCCAUUUUGCAUGCCAUUAAAAUGCAAAAAAAUUAUGUAUUUACAAAAAAGGAUCGGGGGUGGUUACAGGACAUGUGAAUGAAUUAGACAAGGACACUGACUACUUGAUCACAACCUUACCAUUAAAUGAGGUAAUGUGACCAUGAAUAUAUAAAGAAGAGUCUUUAUCUAUUCUUGAAAUGACCAACUAUCAUGUUAUAGCUUAUUCAAAAUGUAACAUAGAACAGGUCAAAUAUCCAUAAAGAAACUUAAAUCAGGAACACCUAAUUACACGGAGAUGGAUGUGUCUCAUUUUUCUGUCCUGGCGUGCCUGUGUCAAAUUCAUUCAGAUGCCCUGGAAUGGCAAGGAUUAUGAAAGGUGUUUGGGAGGUUGUUUGAGUUACAGGGGCAACAGUCUGAACUGACUAGGGUUCCUCAAUGAAAGCUCAACAGGAAAUCGGAAGAACUGUUCUGCUGGAUUAGCUUUGGAACACUAACCAUCAAGAUUGUAUGUCCCUGGAACUCAGACGAUUUCAAAAAUACACUGAAUGUAACAGAAUUAUGUACCAAGCUUAAAUGAGUAUUAACAUGCUCUUUAUUCCUGUUAGGAGGCAUACACAGGAAGCAAACAUGUUGUGUGUGUAUAGAACAGUAACAUGUGUAGAUUUGUAAAAAAUGCAAAAUAAAAAUAUCAUGUCUCAAAA